GUUCAGCAUUAUUCAUGUUUUUACAGUUAAAAGGAAAGGUUUCACAAACGAUUUUAUCCUGACUUUACAAUACAACUUGCUUAGAAUAGUCUUUCGUUAGUCAAAUACACCUUAGAAAAUAGGGUUGGUUUGAAUAGAGUUUUUGUUCUUUUUACAGGUAUCAUUGCUUUUUUUUUGUGCCAAUUUUUAGGUCCCCGUGUGAUAGGAUCUUUUUUUUUUUGAAGUUGAGUGUGUAUUUUAGCUUCGAAAAAAACUAGUGUAUUUUUUUUUUUUUCAUCUACGCAUUGAACUCAAUGGCAGACAAUACAACAAACACUCUUCCUAAUGCAUCUGCGCCAAAUACGAUGGACAACAUUGCUUUACAAAUCAAAUCUUUGGAACAAAGAACAACCUCUGUCACACUUCCUCGUACAGCAUCUGUAUUGGAUUUAAAACAAGAAAUCAAGCUUGCUUUUGAUGUUGAUUCUGACAGACAGCGUCUUAUCUUUCAAGGAAGAGUAUUAAAAGACGAUAAACACUUGACAGAUUAUGCUAAUCUCGAUAAUGGCAAAGUCAUCCAUCUUGUUGUUCGACCACUUGAUGCACCUCAUAAUCCACUUAAUGAUGAACCCAAUGCAAGGCCUCAUCUGCAUAGAACAGAAAGCAGAGGGCCUGGAAGAUUACGUGCAUUUCCAUCCAUAUCAAGCCGAUUCCCCAUGAUGGAAGGGUAUGCUUUUAUCACAUUGGAUUCAAAUAUAGGAGACAUGGGUGAUAGUCAAUCAUUUUUAUCUUCUGUUUUGAAUGGCAUGACCAAUGGCACAGCAAGAACUAGCAGCAGAAAUAACAACAGCAGUGCUACAGAGACACCUUCCAACAAUACAACUCGAACUCAACUGCCUAGAACAUCUCCUUUUACGUUUAGUUUUGGAAGAGGAAACCAAUCUGAUUUUAUGUCCUCUUUAUCAUCCACACCAUUAGCUGAACGAGUUGCUUCAGGCCUUCCCUUCCCACCUAGUGUAGAAGUAAGAUUGGCCAGAACACUGGGAUCCAUGCGUAACGUUAGAAUCAUGUUAGAGGAUUCAGCAACCAAUGAUGAUGCUAGUCAAUUCUCAGCACCCAAUUCAACACCUGAACAAUUACAAGAAAUCCGCAAUCGUUUAAGAAACAGUGGCAAUAGUCAAUCAGCACAGAUUGGCAUGGUAUUGAAUGAAUUGGCUGAUUUAAUGACCGAAGCAGCACCACGGAUGAGACAAGUAGCUCAAAGUUUAAGGCAAGAAAACCAAACAACUGAGCAAGAGGUACAAAAAAAAAAGAGAGAGAGACUUAUAUUUAUAUCUUUAUUAGAGAAACACAAGUAGACGUGUAUUAAACAUGUCUCGUAUUGUACAAGGUAUGAGUCUGAUUAAUCAUUUCCUUGGAUCUGUCUUGGCAAGUGCAGAUAUUGAUUCUAAUCAAAGACGUACAACUACCACUACAACUACAACUACCACACGAUCUCCUACCACUUCCCCUUCUUUGGGUAGAAUGCCUACCUAUAAUUUCUCUCGAGGCAAUACAGAAGCUAUUCGAACAAAUACACCCACAACUGUCAGAACAGUCAACCCACAACCUAAUCGAAGUCAGCCCAGUAGUUCAUUAGAUAACGCAUCUUGUUCUACUGAAUCACCUUUGAAACGACAAUUGGAAGAUAAGGAUGAUCAAGAUAAAGAUUCUAAAAAGAUAAAAUCAGAUAAAGGAAAAGACAAGACAGACUGAAUAAACAAAAAAUUGCAUUU